AUGACCAAAAGAGUAGGUGAUUAUGAACUUGGAGCCAUCCUAGGUCAAGGAGCAUUUGGAAUGUAAUAUUCUUGUUAUAUAAUGUUUGAAAGAGUUAGAAGUGCCAUUAAUGUCAUAACAAAAUAAGAAUUUGCUAUCAAGAUUAUUGAUAAAGAAAAAAUUAAGAGAGAAGAAUUAAUUGAAAGCCUUAAAAAGGAAAUUCAUAUAUUAAUGAUCAUUAAUCAUCCUAACAUUGUAAAAUUAAUAGAAGUACAUUUAUGUAACAAAAUUAGGUACUAGCAAGCAAAACGAAAAUAUACCUGGUGUUGGAAUGGAUAAAAGGUGGAGAAUUGUUUGAUGUGAUUAGAAAUAAUAAAUACAUACAAGAACCAUAAAUGCGAAAAUAUUUUAGGUAAAUCAUAAGAGCAAUACGCUACUGUUAAUCCAAAUCAAUAGCUCAUAGAGAUCUUAAACCAGAGAAUAUUCUCAUUUGCAAUCAAACAGAUUAAAUAAAAGUCAAUGAUUUUGGUCUUAGUUCUCUUUUCUAAGAUCCAAGCAAUCUUAAUAAUGAAUUGUAUACAACAUGUGGCACUGUUCAUUAUUUAGCCCCAGAAGUUAUUUAAUCAUCAGGUUAUGAUGGACACAAGGCAGAUAUCUGGUCACUUGGAGUGAUUCUCUAUUUUUCUUGUGCUGGAUGUAAAUUUAUAUUAUUUAAUUAGAUUUACCAUUUGAAGAUGAUAAUGUUGCUAUUCUUUUAGAUAACAUAAUAACAGCAUAAUAUUUUCCAUUUCCUAAAUACUUUUCUACAGAAUUAAAAGAUUUACUAUCAAAAUUGUUAGUAACACAUCCAAAUAAAAGAAUUACUAUUGACAAUAUUAUUUAACAUUCAUGGUUUUAAACUGAUAUAUCCAAAGAAGAAUAAUAAUGGUUUUUAUAGGAUGAAUUUCCUACUCAACCAUAAGAAUUUUCUCAUCAUUAAUUAACAGUUUCUACAACCAUUUUAAAAAGUAAUCUACUUGAAAAUCCCUCUUACAUUAGAUAAAUGAAAGGAUUAGAAUUGAUCUCUUUUUUAACAGGAAAAGUUGUUAGCUAAUUACCAAAUCCAAAAAAUUAGUCUAAUUCAGAAUCAUGCUUAACUAUUAAAGGAUAGCCUGAAUAUAUUAUUAAAAAUGUUAUGGAAUAUUUCUUAGUUAAAAAACCAAUUAGUAUAAAACAAAUACAAACUAAGGACACAUUAAAAAUUAUAAUUAUAUUUAGAUUCAAAUCUGAAAUUAAAAUAUCCUUAGAGAUUUUAUGGUUAAUAAAUGAUAAAUUUCUAUUGAAUUUGUAAUUAUUAGAGGUAAAUUUUAAUUUUCCUUUUAGGGUUCUUCUGAUAUUUAUAAUGUAUUUCUCAAAUAAACUGUUUUUGAACUAAGCAACUUAAAAUGUUGA